AUGUCCAUCUCCUGUAAGAUUGGACAGAGCUUCCCAACCAUCUUCAAUUGCUGUCCAAGCAUCUUCUCCUUGACUUCGUAUGAGCUUUAUCAUGCGAACUUUCUAGUAACCGUAUCGCUUAGAGUCAAGCAUAACGGGCUUGUUGCUGCCGAUCACAACCAUUGGUGGUUCCAUGCACAUGGUCUACGUCACCAUCGUCUCCGAGUACACGUGCCUGGUUUCCCGCCAACUAGACUUGCAACAUCAGGACUUCCUGAAUCUACAUGA